UCUCUUUCCUCUCUCCCUCACCAAACGCUGGCCCAGUCGCUGGCCCUUUAUACCCGCUCAGAAUUUUUCCCUUUUUCUUACGCAGGUGUCCACUAGGAUAUAUAGCCGCGAGGGUCGACCCGACCUUACAUUAGUCCAAACAACUCAUACCCCCUACUACCGUACCAUAAUGGCACCGACAUGUCCAUCCUCGAACACGCAAUCUGUCGAUCAGAGCAGCUUUUGGAGCUCAGGGAACACAAACUGGGAUGCCCAUAGGAUUGGUUGGGCAGUUGCAGGCGGCUGCGCGGCGGUGACGCUGAUCAUUUCCUGUGUGUCUAUUUUGCAACACUGUCGCAACUACAAUAAACCGAGCGAACAGCGCCAAGUCCUACGGGUGUUAUACAUGCCUCUGGUUUACGCAAUCAUCUCGUUCUUUUCCUAUCGGUACUUCCGCAGUUAUACAUAUUACAGCCUCGUGGAGUCAGCAUACGAGGCAGUUACCCUUAGUGCUUUCCUGCUGUUGUUGAUCGAGUAUGUCGCGGACACAGCAUCGGGCCGUGACGCAUUGAAGGCUAUGGAACGCAAAGACAAACGGCCAUUGCCAUUCCCAUUCUGUUGUUGGAGAUUCCGUCCGACAAAGCCCUAUUUCAUGUACACAGUCAAGUGGUCCGUUCUGCAAUAUGUGAUAAUACGUCCAGCAUGUUCUAUUGCUGGCAUAAUUUGCGAAGCAUUCAAUGUCCUCUGCGAGUCGGCGGGGUACAGCAUCUACUACGCGAAUGUCUACUUGGAAGUGAUCGACUUCAUCAGCAUAAGCGUCGCCCUUUACGGCCUGAUCCUCUUCUAUGCGCUUACCAAGGACGAGCUCGCUGGUCGACGGCCCCUCUCAAAGUUUUUAGCAAUCAAGCUGAUCGUGAUGUUCACGUUCUACCAAUCAUUUGUUAUUAGCUGGCUCGAAGGAAGCGUGAUUAAGGCAACUGAGUAUUGGACCGAGACGAACAUUGCCGAUGGUCUAAAUGCACUGGCAAUAUGCAUUGAGAUGGUCUUCUUUUCCGCAUUCAUGAUGUGGGCGUACACUGCCAACGAGUACAAGAUCGAGGGUGCGCCAAAGACCAGAAUAUGGCGACCUUUAUGGGAUAGUAUCAACUAUAAGGACUUCGCCGUUGAAAUCGUAGGCUCUCUCAAGUUCUUCGUCGACUACAUCCGUGGGAAGCCUUCGACACACUCGGGGCGCCGCGCUGAUGCCGAGUUCGUGAACAACCACAACAAAAGGAUGGACUUCGGUCAGGCGUUCGGUGUGGAGGGUAGCACUUACCCACGGCAACCUAGGAAGUCGACCGCGGGCGGAGGCGGAGACGGUGAGUCUCGCGCUAUCCGUCCUCGAUCGAGCUACGACGAAGAGGUUGGUGUGUGAGUUGUGGAUGUUUCCUUACCCCUCAUGGACUUGGCUACUAGGUCAUCGAUGGAGAGCUGUAGGUGUAGUAUACAGUCCAAGGGCGAGCGUUUCUUCUUGUUGCAUGACGUUUUUGGAAUUUCUCCAUGUGGCCAUACUCAUACCACACUCGGGCACUGCAAUAUUGUUGCCCAUGUGUAAUUUUUU